GAAAGUUAGUCACGUCACUGCAUGCAAACUGAGGCAAAAGAAAUGCGCACAAGAGAGGGAUAUAGCUCACUGUGAGGCACAAGGCUCUGUCACUGAAAAUAUUAGGGUGCAGACCGGUGAGGAAAGCACAUGCCGAGCUCAUGAAGCAGAACUGCAGUCUCCACUCCACGCGGGACACAGAAAUGGAUGGUAUUUAUGGCAACUCCAUGGAGAAAAUGGAGAUAGAGACAGAUGACUUGUUUAUUACACCGUCAGAUGAGCCCAAUCAACAUUUGUCUGUCGGAGAUGGAUCCUUGAACACCGGCGGCAAGACCAGAAAGAGUUUCAGACCCAAACUUCAAGCCACAAAAAGUUUCCCUCCCUACAGUCAGUGCAUAGGUGGACUAGGUGAGGAUGGAGAGGGUAAGAAUGAUCUCAACCCAGAAUUUAGCAGCUCAGUUGCACCAAAAGAGAACCAUGAAAAAAAUGCAGAGACUGAAACAAAAACAGAUCAGACAAUUAAGUGCUCAAGAGAAGCGGUGAAGGCUAAAUGGAGGUCCAAGAGAAAAGAGUGGUCCUGGAGAAGCUGUGACGUUGACACAGACGCCCAGGAGAGAUGGUGUGGCAAAAGAAUGGAGAGUAUUGAAAAAGAAAGGAAGGAAGAACAGAAGGAAAGAGAUGUCGGGAAACACCGGAGAGACAAAAGUUCCAGUUUUGACAAAGGUAGAGAUGAGAAGAAGGAAAAAGAAACGGAGAGGUCUUCUACAUCCACUGGAACGGUGGAGUUCAUGGAUACCCUCCAGAGUAAAGAUGACGAUCCUGAGGAAUCCACUCAAAGCUCCACAAAUCGGCACCUAAUUCUUUCGAGGCUGUUACACUCCUCCUCCACCUCUUCCUCCUGCUCCUCCAUGAACUUCUCCUCAGCAGAGAGCGACGAGGUCUUCAGUGAAGGAGAGGAUGCAGCCUCCAUGAGUCAGAAUUUCAGGAAGAGCCGCUCUUGGAGAACCUACCUGACUAUGAUGCACUGGUCGUUGUCACGGCAAAGCUCCUGGGUGCAACUGGCUGGACAUCAAGGUAACUUUCAGCUGAGUAAAGGAGGGGAGGUGCUGAAACUGUACAGUGAAGGAGAGGCAAAGUGCCUGGACAGCUUAAUGAGAGAUCCUCUCAGACCGUUUGUCCCACAGUACCAUGGUUUGGUCACUAGAGGGGAUCACUGUUACAUCCGCCUGGAAGACCUGCUCAAUGGGCUGAGGAGGCCAUUGAUAAUGGACUGCAAGAUGGGAGUCAGAACAUACCAAGAAGAAGAACUCAAAGUGAGUACAAAACCCAACCUGAGAGGUGACAUGUACCAGAAGAUGGUUAAAGUGGACCCAUCGGCACUAUCAGAGGAAGAACACAAGUGCAGAGGAGUGACCAAGUGGCGCUACCUCCAGUGGAGGGAUAUGACCACUUCUACAUCCACUCUGGGCUUCAGGAUAGAAGGCCUCGUGAUGGAGGACGGCAGUGUACAGAGAGACUUCAGAAGGAUACAGACAUUAGCUCAGGUCACAGAAGCACUGCUCUACUUCACCAGGAGUCACCUCCAGACUCUGGAAGCAUACCACUCCAGGCUGCUGGCUUUGGGAGACGCACUAAAGAAUUCAACGUUCUUCAGGAAACACGAGGUAAUCGGCAGCUCGCUUCUCUUCGCCCACGACCACAGCAAAGCCAGUGUGUGGAUGAUAGACUUUGGAAAGACCACGCCACUGCCUGACAGCAUGGAACUCCAACACAAUGUCCCUUGGGUAGAAGGGAGCAGGGAGGACGGCUACCUCAUUGGCCUGACCAGUCUCAUCGCUUCUCUGGGUCAGGCCAUCAAUAAGGUGUCUGGGCUACAGGAGGACAGCUGUGGGCAGGCAAAGAGUGUUGCAUAAAGUUCUCUAUGGGUUGUGUCUGGUACACUCCUUUCGCAAAACAACUUCAAGACAGACGGAUAUUCUUUCAGAGAAGAUAGGAAAAUGUGUUUCUGUUUAACUCAGCAAAGAUGAGUAACUCAGGUAACUUCUGUCUUAUUGUUCUUCAGGUAUGUGCACUUUUUUUUACCAGUUUUUUAACUUUUUUCUAAAGAACAACCCAUUAAAAAACAUUUCUUUCCAAUUUAAUUUAUUUAGUUGGUGUCAUCUGUUUACGUACAUGCUAAAUUGAAUUCUUGACAACACCUUUUAUACACAGCUUUUUGUUUUAUAUAUUUUUCAUGGAAAAAUGUUUGAUACAAAUUAACUUUGUUUAAUAGAUAUGAAAUGUUUUUCAAUAAAGCAUUUAAAUAAAUAUGAAUUGUGUCAGAGUUGGCAUGCAACUUCAUUUAGAACAGAGUUCUAGUCCAUGAUAACUUUACCAAUGUCUUUUUAUCUAUGCUCUAUUUCUAUGUCAGACAGUCACAUUAACAUUAGAUAAUAUAUAUAAAAAGGCUUUUUAGGAACAGGGAAGGCUCAACAUUGGCCGACGAAAACUUUGAAAACGUUAUCAGUGCCAAAUACAUUAGAAAAACAAAAUUUUAAACUUUUAUUUCUGGUGUUGCCUCUUCCCAUUUUGUAAAUCAGACAUUGUGUCUGUGAAAAUUUUUGAAAAGACAACUGAAGAAAAGUUUUGAGAUUGGAAAAAUAAAUGCCCUUCUGCUUAAAGAAUAGGACCACUAGUACUUUUUUCUUUUUUUACUUCUUGCUGAAGGAUAUGUUUUUGCUUAAAUGAAACCAUGAGACAUAGGGAAUCCAGAAGGAAAAAUACCCACAGUUGCAAGUCGUCACACUGCAAAAACAAGCCCCCUGGAAAAAGUCAAAAAUUCUUUAGAUGAGAACAAAAAAAGCCAAUGCAGCAGGAAAAAUGGUCUUGCCAAAAAUUCUUCUUUAAAAAAAUAUUCUAGUCACUGAGACAGACAUGUUUAGCCCCUUCUUCUCGGUAAGAAAAAACCUAAAAAAAUAAAAACAGAUUCCAGGUAAUAAAUAAAGAAGAAACUUCAGGAAUGUCCACAGGAGGGAUCCUCUCCCACGACGGACAAGCAAUGUACCAGCGCUCUUAGAGAAGAAUUACCUAAUUCUGUACAACUAUAUGUUUAAAUACACUUAUUUU